AUGGGUCUCAAGUUGGGCACGGAUGUAGUGACUUAUGAUGAUGUGCAUGUGAACUUCACUGCCGAAGAAUGGAAUUUACUUGAUUCUUCUCAGAAAAAUCUCUACAAAGAUGUGAUGUUGGAGACCUACUGGAACCUCACUAUUAUAGGUUCCUGUUGGCAAGACCAUCAUAUUGAAGAACAAUGCCAAAAUUUUAGAAGUCAUGAAAGGCAUGCAAGAAGUCAUAGUGGAGAGAAACCCUAUGAAUAUAAU